GUGUCGACAGGAGAGUAGAUGUACAUAAUACCUACACAUUCAUGGCCAAAUAUUCUUAAUCUCGUUCUAAAUUUAUAAUUGUAUGUUACUUCACGUGUAUAAUUCUUGUUUAUAAAAAAUUCCAAGGUCUAAUAGUCUACAUCAGUGGUUCUUAAGUUACUAGCAACAAAGUGUCAAAUAAUACGUACAUGCACAAAACGCGAAUGUGAUACUGUGACAAGAGAAAGGAUCUGCUGGCUGUGAUUUUUUUUAUUUUAAGCUAUUAAAGUGUUGUAGAAAAUUGUCGAAAUAAAAAAAGAAAAAAAAGUAAAGUCCUAGGAAAGAAUGACACGACAACGACCAAACAGCUCAAGAGAAUAAGGUUAUGACUCACCACUUUCUCGUAGCAUGUACAUACAAAAAAAUCAUUGAAUCUCAACUGCCAGUAUAAUAUAAUCUUUCUCUCCAGCUGGUCGAAGGUAUAAAUUGUUUGCAUAUCAAAGGCAACACACAUGCUCUCUGUGCAACAUCAAAUUGACACGUCGCACGUUACAUGUGCACGAGACCAAUUAGCAGCAUCAUAAACAACGCUUUUCUUUGUUCUCCAACGUGUGAGCGUAUGUCAAGUUUGAGCUGUGCAAGACAUGAAGAUGCGUAAUGACAAUAGUUGAUGAAUGACAAAAAGAGAAAGCUAUAAAAUAGAUAUUUUUAUAAAAAUCGAGUGACAAUGAAUAAUAAUAACAUAAGAGAUGCACCAUGGGGUGUGACGUUUGUCGAGUGGAUUAGCUCAAAGUAUUGUAUUAGGACCAGAAGAAUCGAUCGAUUGACAUGGCAUCGCGCCGGGGUGCUCGCGACAACUUACUUGGCAUAUACGUGCUACCACAUGACCAGAAAGCCAAUAUCUGUUGUCAAAAAUGUUUUGAGUCAAAAUUGCAGUGGCAUCACUCCACCUCCUGGCAUUGUCAAUGAUAGCACCUGGUGCGACUGGGCACCUUUUGAUAGAUCCGACGCUCCUGCUUUGCUGGGUUUGUUAGACUCUGCGUUUUUGUUCAGCUAUGCAGCCGCUAUGUUCAUCAGCGGUUUCGUGGCCGAAAGAGUUAACCUACGGUAUUUCUUGGCCUUCGGUAUGAUCGGCACCGGUAUUUUCACUUACCUCUUCGGCAUGGCCAAGACAUACGACAUCCAUAAUUUAUGGUACUUUACGGUUGUGCAGACUGUCAGUGGGAUAUUUCAAACUUCGGGGUGGCCAGGUGUGGUCACUGUUGUUGGUAACUGGUUCGGCAAGAGCAAACGCGGUUUGAUAUUCGGCAUCUGGAACUCGCACACGUCGUUGGGCAACAUAUUGGGUACCCUUAUCGCAGCCGAGUACGUAGAGACCGAUUGGGGCUUGAGUUUCAUAGUGCCCGGGGCCAUCAUGGGGCUCUUUGGACUUGUGAUAUGGUUGUUUUUGGUCGCGCAUCCGAGCGAUGUCGGAUUGGUGCCGCCGGUUGCUUGUGGCUACAGGAGACUGGAUGCGACCCACAGUUCGGAAGACAGCAGUUGCUACGAGGACAUAGGAUCUGGCCAUCGCGAAGAUCAGAAAAUCACGUAUCGCAAUAUUGGGCGUCACCAGGACGCUGUUUUUGAUGUCGAAAGAACCGAAACAACACCCAUUCUGUCGGUCAAUCAAAGCUCCAGCGGUUCCAGCGAAAGAGCCAUAGGAUUUUGGGGGGCCAUCGGUAUACCUGGUGUCAUUGAAUAUUCCCUAUCCUUAUUUUUCGCAAAACUAGUGAGCUACACAUUCCUGUUCUGGCUGCCACUGUACAUUGCAAGCUCUUCAAAGUACAGCUCAAAGAUAAGCGCGGACGUGUCAACGCUCUUCGACGUCGGUGGGAUCAUUGGAGCAAUAGUCGCCGGUUACUUGUCCGAUUAUUCAGGGAUGAGUGCGUUGACUUGCGCUGUUAUGCUUGGCCUAGCUUGUCCAACGUUGUUCAUCUACGAUUACAUAGGCAGUAUUAAUUUGUACGUGAACGUGUUCCUGUUGUUGUUGACCGGUUUGCUGGUCAACGGCCCCUACGCUUUGAUCACGACUGCCGUGUCGGCUGAACUGGGUACGCAUCCGAGUCUCGGGGACGACAGCAAAGCUCUGGCUACAGUCACGGCCAUUAUUGACGGUACGGGUAGCAUCGGUGCUGCUGUGGGUCCUCUGCUCGCUGGCUUUGUUUCGAGCCAAGGUGAUCCCAAGACAGCCUGGCAUAACGUCUAUUACAUGCUGAUAAUCUCUGAAGUUAUGGCACUGGUGCUAUUGUCAAAGCUAGUAUACAAGGAGCUGAAGCAGUACGCGCGCAUGCGGCGAGCUUUUUAAUAGCACAAAGAUUCAUUUCCAAGGAAAAAGACUGCGUAUGAAUCGACAAACUCGUUGGACUUUGUAAGAUUUUUAAAUACAUGUAUUUUUGUAUAAUUCUACGUUAUUUGACUAAGAAAACACAAAUAAGAGGAUAUCAAAUGAAGUAUUGUCGUCGUCCAUUAUAAAUAUAUUGCAACAAAAAAAAAAAAAUAGUAUAAAACAUUGAUCUUUGUGUAAAAAAAAAAAAAAAA